AUGGGUUCACCGAAACCACCCGAAAGAAGCCUUGCUUCACUUCCAGAGGAGCUAAUACUCGCCAUUCUCGACAAGUUUGAUUCCGAUGACCUCGCCACCUUCCGCGCCCUCAACAUAACGAGCCGGCAGCUCUAUCGUCUAUCACUUCCCCGGCUCUACCAAAGAUUCCCAGGCCACGCUCCAGAGCCAUUUUUGGGAACAAUUGCACUCUCGGAACCAGAGAAAUGCCAAAAGCUUGCGACAUUUGUUAAAGAAGUGGAGUGGUACCAAGACCACUGGAAGGGUCCAGCUCGACGUCGAAUGCUAUCAUUGGCGGACAGACACGUCCUUUCGACCAAGCUCCAAGCACUCGGAUGUAUUCUGAACACGACGGAUACGUCUAUGAAUUUGCCUGCACGCUUCAUAAGCUUUCUUUCAGAGUACGAAGUGCACUGGUGGUAUCUCGAGUUCUUUCUCUUCUUCACACCCAACGUCGAGAGGCUAUGCGUGUGGGAUGUAUGGCAGUGGGAUGAUCAUUCGUAUUGGUUUGAGAGUGUAGCUGCCAAUCCGGCAUACUUUGAGAACCUCAAAUCGAUUAUGCUCUACGGUCCGUUGCGGUUAGAGAACAUUGUGCCUCUACUGACAUUACCUUCGAUUCGAGAGUUGGUACUUGUACAGUGCGUCACGAUGCGGCAAGAACUUGGAAGAGACUUCUCAUGGAGCAACGGCCGCGACGGUUACGUACAGCGAAGGCUCGCUGACGGUUCGUCCCUUGAACAUCUUUCUUUACGGGAGAGCCACAUCACAUUUUCAUCAGUGCGUGCGCUGCUUGAACCUUUGAACAACCUCAAGAGCUUCACAUACGACCACUUUCAAAAUGAUCUCUCGUUCCCCAUUUAUGCAGAAUCUCAAGCGCUCGUGAACGUGCCAGCCCACUGGAAAUCGCUCGAGUAUUUGCGCCUACACGUUGAGAGAGUUAGUAAUGUCGAAGAGAUCGCAUGGCUCCUAGGUUCUGCUCCGGUAUUCGACGAGCCUACAUAUCCCAACCUUCGCACUCUGGACAUCGGCCCCUGUAGCGGAGAAACUUUCCUAGGAGCUCAACUGUCACCCAGCGACAGUAGCGUAAAGUCGAUCCGCCUCCGAGAAUCUCACGUUGAGCGUAGUGUGAGAGCUAUCCCUCGGACUUUGGAGACCCUAUACCUACAAUGGGGUCAAGCGACCGAAACGCCCAGGGAUUCGUUACCACACCAUUUGCUGCAAUUCCUCAACUAUUUGCGACUGUUUGCCGAAAUUGCUGCCCGGUGGAACUAUGAUCUGAAAAGGGUUGCCAUUUGCGACUGGCCAGCUCUGGCAGGUUGGUUUCCGUUCCCAGAAGCAGCCGAGAGUUUAAAAAAGGCAUAUGAGGAGUUGGGUAUGGAGUUUGAUGUGCUACACGAAGAAAUCAUCGGUCAGGAGCCGCUCGUUGUGCGGGACGACAUCGAGCCAGACUGGCUUGUGGUCUGCAAGACAACUACAUUUUGGUAUCAUUCAAAUAUGCUCGGGGAUAAGGAUGUGCCGCGGACCGUCCAGUCAUGAAAAGCCUAAUGGCUCCUGAGUUUGAUAAAAGUCAGAUAACCAUAGCAAUGACACGAUAUGACGACAA